AUGACUCAGUAUGGCCGCAGUAGUCUCUAUCAUACUAGUGGCGCGAGAGACAACGCUUUAACCGGCACCAACGGCACUGCUGCCGAUGGGAAAACCGCUGUUGGCACGGCUGGAAAUGCUCUCGAUUCUCUCCCCAAGUGGGGCAUUUUCAUCGCGCUUAAGAGCACCUUCAGGAUAAUGGCGGGGACAGCGCUUUCAAGUACAUGA